ACUAUUUGUUGCUAUAUACCAAUGCUUUUCGAUGAGCUUUGGUCCCUACCCAUGAGUGCACCAUAUAGCUAGUCAUACCUCCCGGCUUACCACCUGCUCUGAACCCUUCAACUCGCAAUCGACAGCAUUCAGAGCCGGAUAUACUGGACGGCGACCUCGAAUCAGCUCGACCACUCAGUCCCACGACCAAGGACCCUUGUGUGUACCGAUACCACAUCAAUCAACAUACCAACCAGAUCAACACCCUCACCCGCAAUCCACAUGACGUGCGUUCUUCCCACAACACCGUGGCACCCUUUCGAUAACCAUCAUCCAUGGUUAUCGAUGAAUUCUGAUACGGCGUCGUCCCACGGGGCGCUUGAUAAGGCCAGUUCUCAUGGUUAUGUCUCUCCCGGAUCCGAAACACGAAAGUCUUCUACGAGCUCCACAAAGAAGCGAGCUUCUCGAGCCGGUACACGAAGCGUGACCACACUAUCUGCUGCGCAGCUGGAGAGGAAGCGUGCCAACGACCGCGAGGCACAACGAGCCAUUAGGCAACGGACGAAAGAUCAUAUCGAUCACCUGGAAAGGACUGUGAACGACCUGCGAGGCAGCCAGGAACAAAGCGAGAAGAUGGUACAUGCCACGCAGCAGCGGAACCGAGAGCUCGAAGAAGAGGUUGUGUUCCUCCGCACCAAACUCAACGAGGCCGGGUUCAAUUUGAAUACACUAUCAAACGACGGACUACGAAUGUCUGAUUCCGGCCUCCUAUCCGUACCGUCCACUUCACCAACGAAUCCUGUUGGUGCCAGCAUCUCGCGUGCGGGAUCCUCUUCAACACCAAGCAACCAUUCCGCCGCAACCCAAGACUCUGGCUCCCGCCACGGAUCAUGGCAGCACGGAGCCAGCUACGGCGGUACUCCUAUGGGUCUCCCCAACGCACCUGCAGUUGCCAACGCUUCCAACGUGACGGCAUGGCGAUCCCAUGAGAACGCUCAAAACUUGCAGCCCAUACAGACCUCCAGCAGUGGCCUGCAAGAUCCAAUGCAGGCCCCAGGAUCUGCAAACUACCAACAAGGUGAAAGAGUCGACUGGUCUGGCACUCCAACCAGCUACCAGUAUGUGAACCAAGAACAACAACGACCACAAAAAUAUGAGACCACGUCUGCACAGCAAGCACAAGGAUAUGAGACAGCAUCUGCACAGCAAGCCCAAGGAUACCAGCCUUCAGCAUAUCCUCCCAUGGGUCCUCAGAGCGAGUAUCCUAACAUUUCGGUAUCAUCAAGCCCCAGCUACCAAGUCCAGGGCCAGACUUCAUUCCCACAGCCGCCAUCGUUCCAAAUGGCACCUAUGCAGAUACCUACCAGUGCAGGUGGUUACACCUCUCCGCACACACAGAUGCACGCACCGCCGCUGAGCAACUCAUCGUUCCACUCCACUGCGGGUGAACAGACGUACGGUCAGCAGCCAGCACCGCCGGCGAUGCAAUACCGAGAUGAAAGUGCCAACCGAGCCUACCCGCUUACACACUACCCGAAUGCAUGAGCUGCAGACCUGCUCGUGGAGGUAGAUGUUCAACGAUAACGUCGUAUGACCUGCCCCAACAAACGACAUGCACCGCGUGGCAAGCCCAUGUGCGUGUACGAAACCUCAUUGGUGGCUGCGUUAGGGGACGUCACAUGGUGCACGCAUUGGCGUAUGCGCAUCGUUGAUGCAGUCUCAGCAACGACCGAAGCCUCACAGAGCUAGAGGCAACCUGCAAAGAUCCCGUGCCGGGGAUUGGAAGCCAAGACGGCUUUCGCGGCCCGUGGCCAGUCGGGAACAGCAUCCCGAAGCUACUACGCUAGGUCCAUGCCACUUCUGGCUGCGGACCAUCACGACUCUCGAUUUACGGCCUCGAUGACGAUGAAAAACCCCCUGUUAUUGUACAUCUACUAGUAGAAUGAUGUACCUACUUAUUCUAAUGCUAUCUACAUAUGCGAUGGGAGGUGGGUGGUUGGGUGUUUUGACUCUGGAGUUGAUGUGUUGAGAGAGAAAAAGAGGGGUUUGAGGGAAAAGCAACAAAAAACAGUACUUUUGCCUUUCACAGGCACAAGGGAACACUUCCCCAGAGGGACAGAGGACACGCCGAUUUUUGAUGAAACUUUUAGCUAAUACCCC